GAAGUACUCUAUUGCACCGCGGGGAGCAUGGAAACAGAGACAGAUAUGAUAUUUACAAACACAUAUAUUUGAUUAAGAUACGUGUUAGGAACUACUGGUGUGAAAUACUGCUAUAGGAUAAUGUUCAGUAUUUACAAUGCUGACACGAUGUCAAAAGGAUUGACUUGCUUUAAGCAGAAAAGGAGGUAAGAUAAGUUAAUUUUGCGCUCUUCAAAUGUCAACAAUUUUUAUGAAAACAUCAUGAAAGAGUCGUCAAACUUGGAUGUUGUUAAUAGGAGUUAUUAUGUAAAUAAGAAGGAGAGAAGCUGUAGAAGGUUUCUACACUCGGCUCCAGUGAGACGGAAUGGAGGGCACAUGACUUCAGAUACCAACACCAAUAAUCGCCUACUCCACGAGUUAACAUAUCGACAAUUAUGGACAAAAGAGGCAUGUAAACUUGUAAAUCAGGUAACCAUGGCAACAGGUCAACGUAAUUAUAAACGGGAAAGGACCAAUCUUUCCCAUUUUGGAUCAUCUUCCCCAUUGUGUUAUUCAAGGGAGCAAACAAACUUUUCAAGGAUCUCGUCGAGAAAUACUGUCACACCAUUUUUGAUAACCCAGCAACAGAAAACAAGGAAUUGUUGGGUUAGUGAACAAGAAAGGAGAGACCUCAAUUCGACAGUAAUCAGGGAAAGGUUAAAAUCGGAACGAUCUAGACGACGAUCUGCAAAAACUGACGAAAGUAAUGAACGUUCACGUCGUCAAAGUGUCGCAUCAGACUACCGAGAUGAAGAUCGGAAACCAAAUGUCCAGGCUAUCAACCGUUUUCGAGUAGCGAUUCUUUGUGUACGAAUUCUGGUCCGAUGGCUGCGGAUAAUAAUUUCCAUCAGCGAUCGUAUGACGUCACGCACCGCAACAGAAGAACAAUGGUAUACUCUGUACAAUAGCAACGAGGCCCGUGCUUUGGCUUUCAACAAAUCCAUGUUCGCAAGAGAAAGGACAUUUGCCAAAGUACCCAACUGGGCGAAAGAGAUACUAGGUCAGGAACCAGAGGAAAGAACGGAGGAUGACUGCCGAAGACUCCAUGCUCUUCUCAGGGGACUAAAAAGCUUUGACAAAUUUACAGAGAAAAUACAACUAUCCAUGUGCAGAGCUUUUCGUUAUAUAUGUGUGGAGCACGGCAGAGUUAUCCUCAGACGAGGUCACGUGGGGUUUAACUUUUACUUCAUCUACUCCGGAUCUGUAUUUGUAAACUUGGAGGACAGAAACAUCGAAGGGGAAAAGUUUGAGAAGACAGAGACUGUUUUGGUCCGAGGAGACGCUUUUGGAGAGCUAGCUUUACUGCAGGACAUACGGCGUACAGCCUCCAUCACGUGUCGGGAGAUUUGUGAAAUGCUGGUUGUAGACAAGGACACAUUUGCCAAAGUCUGUCCUAAAAUCUUCGAGGAGGAACUGGAGGAAAAAGAACGUUUCUUAUGCCAUUUACCAUUAUUCAACAGCAGAGUGUGGACAAAGGACAUGAUAAAACGUAUCUGUACAGAGGCUCAGAUCCAAGAGUACAAGACCAACAAGGUUAUCGUGGUUGACAGUGACGAAGAGUGGAUUUACGUCUGUAUGGAGGGGAAAUGUCAGAUAAUUAGGAGAGUUGCUUUAGACGUGAAAACAAGCCACAAGAAAUCAUCAGAGACGAAACGACCGUCCACCCCGAUGUUGUCUGAUGAGGUUCUGGACAUCCUCGGCAAGCUCAAAACCAUACAGGACAAUAAAAAUAAGCAGGACACAGAAUCGGAUGAUUCCGACGAUGAAAUCGGCAAGGAAAGAAUGCUGGAUUCCAUGUCGCUGGAGUAUCGCCGGGACGGCAGGACAAAGGACUACAUAAGCUCUCUAUUGGAACAGCGUCGACGGUUGAUGAAGAACCCAGACAAAGAGACAGUCACAGAAAAAAAGGAAGUUAUGUCAAUAAAAGGGCCGAUAACUCUCACAUCAUUGAUGGCACAGAACAAGCAAAGUCCGGAUGGGAAAGAUUAUGUUUAUCUCGAUGUCGGCGGCUUACAAAGCAAAGAUAUGUUUGACCUGUUCUGUAUCAUGUAUCCGUCCAGACGUCCGGCCAAUAGUACUCUAAUCCUGGUUAGUCUGGGAACCCGUAUGUUGAGGAUAAAGAGAAAGAAUUUCUUCAACACGACCAGUCAUGAAGCUCUCCUGCAUGCCAAACGAUUAGCGAAAAAGGAAAGAUACCCAAGCGAGGAAAUGAUCCUUCAAUCGUACCGUGAACAGACAAAGUGGGAUAAUUACAAGUCAAAAGUUGUUACUGAGGUUGUGGGGCCACAUCUGAAGAAAAAUGGACGAUUCUCAAACAUUUCCAAAGAUCAAAUCAAUAUCAUGAAAGAACGAAAUGAACAAAAACAAAUCCUGUUAUCGACAUUACAAAGGAAUGCUGUCGUUUCUAAGGCAACGAAGAAAGACGAGGAUGAUGCAGACGAUGACAGUGAUGAUGAUUAUUAUGGCGAUGUUCCCAAACCAGUAUUUGUGUUACCUCAUCAGCUCAAGGUAAAAGUGACCGCCGAGCCAAUACCGUCACAUAUCACUAUGGGUAGACGAACUUCCGUUUUUACAAAGCCGAGUCUCAUUCGUGAAUUUCCGGAAAAUGGGAGAAAAUCAGGAACAGAUUUGAAAAGAAUAGCUUGUUCUUAGUGUGGUGGUAUAAUCGUUCAGCAGAAAAAGUCAUGAUGUUGACAAUUGUGUCAAGAUGGACUGGUGUACACUGUGGUUAAUCGUGUACAUGCCCAAUAGCCCAAAAUAGAGUGUAGAAAUGCCAAUUCCCCGUUUAAACACGCAGUGGGCUAAUGUAUUCCCUUUUUUAUUUCAGUAGGUGCUUUGUGAUAAAUUAUGAUUCUGUUUUAAUGAUUUGAUGAAAUAAACACAUAUAUAAGUAAA